CAGGUAGGCCCGCCGCCGCCGAUGCCGCCCGCGCAUCUGACGCCCUCGGCUACGCCGGAGGACAUCACCUGUCUGGUGCCCGCCGGCUCGGUUUUGACCUCGAGGGAUCCCUUGCCACCUAGCACCACCCCCGGCAGCCAGGCCAACAGCUCGCAGUCCGGCAGCUCGCAAACGGAUAAAUCACCGAACAUCGAGUGCGUCGUCUGCGGAGAUAAAAGCAGCGGCAAACAUUACGGACAAUUCACUUGCGAAGGAUGCAAGAGUUUUUUCAAGAGGAGCGUGAGGCGAAAUCUAACGUAUUCGUGUCGAGGGACUAGAAAUUGUCCGAUCGACCAACACCAUAGAAACCAGUGCCAGUUUUGCCGCUUGAAAAAGUGCCUGAAGAUGGGCAUGCGCCGGGAAGCUGUGCAAAGAGGGCGAGUGCCGCCGUCGCAACCCUCGCUGCCGGGUCUACCGGGCCAGUUCGCCUUGACGAACGGGGACGCGGUCGCGUGUGCCAGCCUAAACGGACACUCUUACCUCUCGUCGUACAUAAGCCUGCUGCUGAGGGCGGAGCCCUAUCCGACCUCGAGAUACGGCCAGUGCAUGCAGCCCAACAACAUCAUGGGUAUCGACAAUAUCUGCGAGCUCGCAGCGCGGCUGCUCUUCUCGGCGGUUGAGUGGGCCCGGAACAUCCCGUUCUUCCCGGAUCUUCAAGUGACGGACCAGGUGGCCCUGCUCAGGCUAGUAUGGAGCGAGCUGUUCGUCCUGAAUGCGAGCCAGUGCUCAAUGCCCCUCCACGUGGCGCCGCUUCUAGCGGCGGCAGGUCUUCACGCCUCGCCGAUGGCAGCGGAUCGCGUGGUCGCCUUCAUGGAUCACAUCAGGAUCUUCCAGGAGCAAGUGGAGAAACUCAAGGCGCUUCACGUCGACUCCGCAGAGUACAGCUGCCUCAAGGCCAUCGUCCUCUUCACCACUGACGCCUGCGGACUCUCGGAUGUGGCGCACAUCGAAUCCCUUCAGGAAAAGUCGCAGUGCGCCCUGGAGGAAUACUGUCGGACCCAAUACCCGAAUCAACCGACAAGGUUUGGCAAGCUGCUGCUGCGACUACCGUCGUUACGCACGGUCUCGUCGCAGGUGAUCGAGCAGCUCUUCUUCGUGCGGCUGGUAGGCAAGACGCCGAUCGAGACGCUCAUCAGGGACAUGCUGCUGAGCGGCAACAGCUUCAACUGGCCCUACAUAUCCACGAUGUGACACUCUGUCUGGCGGCAGCUAGCUUCCGCAUAAUAUUAUACCUCGAAUAGCGGUGUCGCGGCGCCCGAUAAUGACCCGCGAGCACGAUUCGCGUAAGAGUAGAAAAGAAUCGGGCGCGGCGAGGGUGGGCGACACCGUGAAUCUCGAAUAUGCUUGAUGCGAAGGGCGGAGGACGGCGAACGGUAGGGCGCGAUAUCGGUCUUGUUUGCCGCGAGAGAUCUCGAGGUCGAAGAUCAACGCGUCAUUCUUGUCUCUCAACGUCGUCAUUAACCCACUUACGUAUCCGCGUUGUUCUUAGCGCCGUGACGCGACAAUAUUCCUUGUCAUUGAUACUUAUUGUACUCUCGCGUUUUGCUAGACCUGUACGGUACUCACGACGAAUCAAAAUAUCUCAAUCAGAACUUGAAGACUUUUGUACCCCGAGCAGACGCAACUUGAUAUCGGAAAGAGAAAGAGAACGCAAAAAAAAAAAAAAAGAAGAAAAGGGUUAGAUAGCGAGACUUAAGUAAAAUCAUUAACGAAGUUCGACCGAAGGUGAUAAGAUAAUGCGCGCAAAAUGGCGAGAAAGAUGGGCUUGCGAUGAGCAGAGAUUGUCUCAUGAGAAGAGAAGAAUUUUCGGUGACAUGCAGAGAUAAGCGAAAGAGAAAGAAAAGGAGAAAAAUAUGUAAUUAAAGAUGUUGCUCAUUCAGAAAAACGCGGAGGCGCCGAGCGGCCUGACAGCGUUCAAGAACAUUCACUGGGCGUUAAAACUUGGUACUCACUAAAGUGGUCAAGUGAAAGAGAGGGAGGGGUUUAUGCGUGUAAGGAGCUUGUCAGUUGUUUAAUGCGUGUGUGCAUGAGUAAAAGUGUGAGAGAAAGCAAAUGAACAAGAAUGAGAGAGAGAGAGAGAGAGAGAGUUUGAAAGAGAUAUAGGGAUUUGAGGGAGGGGGAAUAGAUAGAUAGAUAAGCGUUUUGUUAUAUGGCAAAGAAUGAAAUAACGGAAAGGAUGGAAGGAAGGGGAAGACGAGCGUGGCGUGAAGAAGUCAUAAAUUAGCAUUUAUAAUCAACGAUGAGGGGGAGAGAGAGAGCUGGUGGAUCUCCCAUUGCUAUCUCGAAUCAAUCUUCGCGUCGAGUACUCGCUAUUAGUCGAGUCAUGCCAUAGGCCUUAGUCAUUCGUCUUGACGCCUUCUCUACGAGGCUUACGUUCUUCAAGUUCAUAGCCCGUGAAACAUUCUUUUGGAAAUAUCCCUUUCGGUCGGACGACGCUCGCGCCUGCACGCACAUCGCAGAUCUAAAUCCCACGACGUCGCUUUCGUCGAAGUCGUCUGUGAUCCUCGAGGAUUAUUGAUGGUAAGUCAUGAUUUUAUCUCGGUUAUUUUCGCAUAGCUAUACAAUCGAGUAUCCUAACUCUUCGAUUUUUCGGCGUUAAGAUCUUAAAACAUCAGAAACAACU